AUGAUCGGGGAGCCAGGCUUUAUGUCUGAUUUCUUUAAGACGUUCAACAAGAUCCUGGGACAACGUCAACGGGCUACUAUGGCAUAUAGACCCCAAGCUAAUGGAUCUGCAGAACGUAUGGUUCAGACAACCACCAGGGCUCUGAAGAUGUAUGUGGAAGAUCUAGAUCAACGAGAUUGGGACGAGUACGCCGAACGACUCACCUUCGCGAUCAAUACUGCAAGGGAUCGGAUCCGAGGUGAAACACCUUUCUACAUGAUACAGGGCUGGGACCCUAGAUCUACCCUGGAAGCUGUGGUCCCGGUGGGGAGCACUCGCAAGCACGAUCGAGAUCCGAGAAGAUGGCGAUAUCGAAUGCAAAAGUAUUAUCAACAGGCCAGAGAACAAGUGAACCAACGUCUACGUGAGGCGAUCGCGGAUCGGGCCGAUACGCAUAACGAUCUAGCGCAACCCCAUCCUGUAGAGUCUGGAUCAAGGGUCUGGCUGUAUCUAGAUCGAGUACGUGAAGGAUAUGCGAAAAAGCUGGCACACCUAUGGCACGGCCCAUUCCGCGUUGCUGAAAAAAUCGGAGAAUACGCAGUUGCAGAAUCCACAUACGGCAUUUUCCCGGUGGUGCGUGUGUCGAAGAUCAAACUGGUCAAGAUAUUCCCAGAUCGACCAGUAGCUCGUCUGAACGGGUCAGAAGGGGAUCGGACAGCUGGAUCCAAGAGCGAAUACGAGGUGGAGCGAAUUUCUGAUAUGAGGACUGGCAAGAGAACGAGGUAUGGCCGGAUCUACCGAGAAUUUCUGGUACAUUGGCGUGGAUAUGAAGAUCCGACCUGGGUAGAUGAGGCAGACCUCAAUUGCGGUGCUCUUCUCUAUGAGUUCUUGCGAGAUCGCGCUAAUCGCAACCGUUUCGGUGUAAUGCAAUCUCACGAGGAGCCGUGA